AUGGAUCCUGGAAGAGGAGAAGAAUUUGAUGCAUUAUAUGGUGAAGAGCAAAAAAAACGAAAUGAAAGAGAAGAAUCACGUCAAAAACGACAUAAAAGAAGAAGUAAGCAAGAACUGAAGGACGUGAAACGUGUAGAUGCUGAAAGUAUUCGGGAUGUGUUACGUAAACGGUUGAAAGGAGAAGAAAUUGAUCAUUAUCAGCGACAGAAUGAUAAAACUAAUUAUCGAAGUGAUAGAAAUGAUAGCCAACGUAGAAUUUAUAAUUAUAAAAAUCACGACGGUCGACAAUUGCAGGCAAUGAAAAAUGAAGCAAAAAAAACGAGCUCAUUCCGAGCUAAGUUAUAUGAACUUUCUGUGAGUCCUAGAACUCGAAGAAAAAAAGAAUUAGAAAGUUUACGCGCAGAACCAACUCAAGAAGUAUCGUCGGGUGAAAAUUUGAAAUUUGAAAAUUUUAGUGAAAUUUUUAUUCCACCAUCAAAUUUAUUGAUCAUUUAUUAA